AUGCCUCGCCAGAAGGGCGUUGAGAAGUCCCCGGUCGCCGAGGACUACGAAGGUCUGCAAGUCGACCCGCGACCGAAGCCGGAGAAGUCUCCAUACGGCUUUCACUUCGAUGAAGACGAGCACAUAAAAUACAAGAGUGAGAAGCAAGUGGAAGGCGGCGUAGUGACCGUUGUCCGCGGGGGUCCCGGCGAUCCAAUGUCACCACAAACAGCUUACGCCUAUGGAAGUACAACGCUCAGUCCGGAAACGCCUUCGUGGGCCCGCCCAUGGGACGCAAGAUCACGCGCUCCAUCGAGUCCGGUAAUCAGGGAGCGAGAUCGGCGGAAAGACCGACGGAUAUGCUGGCUCCACCGAUCGACUUUCUGGGUACUGUUAGUCAUCAUAAUCUUACUGCUUGUUGGCGGUGCUGUAGUAGGAGGGAUAUUUGGGGGCAUGAAAGCGAAGAACAAGGGCUCGUCGGAUGCGCAGUCCGCACCACCACCGCCUACACCAAGUGGGCCGGUCUUCCCUCAAGCGCACGAUCCUUCGAAACGGCAGGAGUUCCGCCUUUACUUUCAAUCACUGCUGGGUAAUGUGAAGGAAGCUGUCUCAACUGGAUCGUCAUCUUGGCAGAGUGCAAAGCAAGGAAGCCUAUUCUACGUGGGUACGAACGGCCUUCUACAGGAAAAGAGGAAAAUCUACUCAGACAACCAAUUUUGGGAACCCGGAAAAUUGAACAGUCUGAACGUGGCCAUGGUCGGCAACAUCUCUCUACCUGCUCAAGGCAGCGAUCCACAGGAUAGCUGGCAUAGUUACGCCAUGACUGCUGUUUAUGCGCGCAACACCAGUAUAGGACCCAGCGCACACCUCUUCUACCAUGCCCAGCAAACUGACGGCUCCAACUCCGUCAAGGAAAUGAUUUGGGUUCAAGCCAACGACACAUGGCUCGAAGGCGACACAAUCACGGACGCAUACCCCAAUUCUCAUUUAGCGGCAACGGUCGACGAUCGAUACGGCAUUCUGAGACUGUUUUACGCAACAGGCAACAGCACCCUCCAAGAGGCGUGGACGUCCUUGUCCGACAAGCCUAAAAACGGCUACAAAAAAGGUAUGCUGUGCACCCAGCCCCGAUCCGACCCGCAACAUCUACCCCCAGUCACCCACCCACUAACAAGUAUGUACGCAAUCGCAGGGCUGCGCCUCCCCAACUUCCUCUACGGCAAUUCCGCAGACUUAGCAGCCGUGUCUCAGAACGGCACAACAUAUCUCUACCACUACGCCUCCGCCAAGCAAAGCGCUAGUGUUGGCAUCCACGAACUGGUCAUCACUGGCUCGCCCUCUUUAGGCACCAACCAAGAAAGUUUCAACGCGACGGAGGGUAUUGUGGCAGCACCGAGCUAUCCUGCAGGCACCAAUGCGUCGAUGUACCAGCCACUGACGGCUGGGAAGACCGUCGUCCCAGGGCUGAAGAAUCAGCUGCUGGUGCUGUGGGCGGAUAAGCCAACCGGCGAUCCGAAUACUAAUUCUACAGGUUAUGGAGAGUUGGGGCAGAUUAGUCGGGGAAUGACGGAUAAGACGUGGCCGACGACGGGGGCGUUGCAGGUGCCGUUAGGGAGCAGUAACUCGGACCCGCAUUGA